AUGGUGCUCACACGAUCACAGAUCAAGCAUGGUCUCAGCAGCGACGUCAGGAAUGACGACGAUAGCAGCGUAGUUGGCUCUGUCUCGUCCGGUGCUGAAACCUCAGAGAGCGAGGGAGCUCAUCUCAGGGCAAAAGUGAAGCCGCACUCGUCUCCUGCCGAGACGGCAUCCACAAAGACCAGCGGCUUGGAGGGUGGGCAGCAUGGCGCAUCGCUGCUCAGGUCGCCGCAGGGGGAGCAUCUUGGCCGCGGAUGUCGGGUGCUACAUACCACUGUCUCCCUCGACGAGCAGUAUCUCGCGGCCUCGUUGCGCCGCUCGAAAGUGCUGAAGCGCAGCUCGCUACACCGUGGCAACGACGAGGUCAAGGUAGCAAAAAUGAAAGACGGCGACAGAGAGGACGAUGACUUUGCCAUCCGCUCUCGAUACCCGCAACGGGAGGCGGCGAAGAGGGCGAUAGAGAAUCUCCGCAGCACGCUUACGAAGCCCAGCGAAGCUGCCAGACGUGGCGACAGUGGCGCGGCUGACGAUGAGGACAGCAACAGUAACAGCAUGGGCAUCUUCAACUUUCGCCAUCACCCCGAGUUAGGGGAGGAGAUUAAAAAGAGCCGCAAGAUGCAUCGGCGGCGAUGCCGCAACAACAACAGCUAUAGCGAUGAUGACGAGGAGGAUGAGUUCACCACCUCGUCCUCCUCCGAGGGGCUAGACGCGGAGGAUAUUCCUGCCCGGCGAGCCACACGUGGGCGGCUUCGCCUCUCCACGAACUCGCUCAGCCGCACCGCGGCACCGUCGAUGAACACUCACGCAGUGACGACGACGCGUCGUAUCCGUACUACCGACGCCGAUGCCGUGCCGAUCAGCUCGUCCAUCAGCGACGCCUCCAUGCGGGAAGAAAGUGCCGAGCGUAUGGCGCAGCAGGACCAGCGCGCCGACCCCUCCUCAUCCUCCAGCGGAAGCUGUCAAGGGGGUAACACUGGUGAGUUCAUGACGGAGGCGCAGCGGCGCCACGCUGUCCGUAAGGCCCGCGAGAGCGUUGCCGAGAACAUCAAUAUCAACCACUACAUGGCGGACGCCGUCGGGGUGCAGGACUCGAGGAAAAUACGCCGCCGCCAACUCGACCGGCGUUACCGCUGGCUGCUGCAUCAGGAAGAGGAUGCACGCGCGCGGGCCGACGGCUACGGUGGCGGGCUAGGCACAGCGGACGGCGGGGCUGGCAGCGCUACAGCAGCCACGAACGGAGCGUUGGCCGACAUCUCGCCCUUGCGGAUUGAUGACGGCAUCACCUUCGACAGCGUUGGCGGCCUGCCUGAGCACAUCGUGACACUUCGGGAGAUGGUGUUGCUCCCACUACUCUACCCAGAUUUGUUUGAGCGCCUUGACCUCAAGGCACCGCGUGGUGUGCUCUUCGUUGGCCCACCCGGCACAGGGAAGACACUGAUGGCCCGCGCGCUUGCCAACGAGGGGUCGGGGCUUGCGCGUGGCGGCUGCACAGGCCGGUCGACACCGUCGCAGCAGCAGCAACGUAUUACGUUCUUUGUUCGCAAAGGUGCGGAUAUGCUCUCCAAGUGGGUCGGCGAAAGUGAGCGUCAGUUGAAGCUGCUCUUCGAGGAGGCAAAGCGGCUGCAGCCGAGCAUCAUCUUCUUCGACGAGGUGGACGGUCUCGCACCGGCGCGGCACGCCAAGGCGGAGCACACUCAGGCCGCCCUCGUCUCUACUUUGCUGGCACUCCUGGAUGGCCUGGAGGACCGCGGACAGGUGGUUGUGAUUGGGGCGACAAACCGACCAGACACGCUGGACCCCGCUCUGCGCCGCCCUGGCAGGUUUGAUCGAGAGCUUGUGUUUCCGCUCCCCGAUGCGGCGGCGCGGCGACAUAUCUUGAUGAUCCAGCUGGCGAAGAAGGCGAUGCCGGGGAAUGCAGCACAGCGCGCGACCCUGGUGAGGGACCUGGUCGAGAUGACUGAGGGCUACACGGGUGCCGACCUGGCUGCGCUAUGCACCGAGGCCAGCCUCCACCGCCUCCGCUCAACGCUGCCGCAGCUCUACCUUAGCAGUCAGCGCUUGCUAGUGCCGCGUGAUGUGGAGCAGGAGCACCUGCAUGUGCGCACCGAAGACUUCUAUGCUGCAGCUCAACUAAUACAGCCGUCGUUGCGCCGCCCUCGCAAUCGCGGUGCUGGCGGAGUGGCGGUUUCCUUCCUGGAUCCGUACAUCGAGGUGCUGAUGCGCGGCACGCGCGACGCGACGCUCGCGGCAUUGGCGUCGUCGUGGUCUCUGGUCGACAAGGUAUUGCGGGCCAGCUCGCGCGACUGCCAAGACAUGGCGACGGCUGUUCGCUCGCUCUGCACAGUUCCAAUUCCACAGCCGCCGCGCCCAUGCUUGCUCGUUCUUCGUGAGGCACCUGAGGUUUUGCCAUCAUCUUGGUGCGCCACUGCUACCGCACCUGUCGAUCGGUCGGCAGAGCAGCAUCAGCAGCAGCGCGCACUACGGCUGCAUCACCUGGCGGUUAGUCUGCUCAAGGGAUUACCACGCCUUCAGCAGCUCACCGUUCACCUGCCCCAGCUUUGCUGGGAUGACAUUGAGCUGAAGGGGAUGUGGCACGCCUCGACGACAGUGACAGACGACUGCCUGGGCGACGGAUCAGGCAAUUGUUUUGCUGGUGUCGGGUUCACUCACAUGAGCCACGUAGUGGACUCGGUGCGCCAGUGCUGCCCGUGUGUCGUGUACCUGAGCGGGGUGGAGGAGUGGCUGAGAAACAGUAGCAUGGGGGAAGACUCGGAAGCCACUGACUCGUUUUCAGACGACGAAAAUGUGGCGCACGGAAGCUCCGGAGCGAUAUCGAACAUGGGUCCCUCACAGCUCUCCGCAUCCACUCCUUCCACAGAUGCCAAGGUGACUAUCGGUGCUGCAGAGGACAUGUCACUCGUGCGCCAGCAGCGGCUCUCUCACAGGCGGAAGCGGCUACUGCAGACGUUCCGCUACUACCUGAACACGUUGGCUGACAUGGACGUCAUCUUUGUGCUCCCCUGCGCGACGGCUGCGACAUGCGAGCAGCUCAUUGGUCCAGAGAACCCUAUCUCCGCCCCUUUGAAACCGCUGACUUCGCUGACGGCAUCAUGCCCACCACAACUGGACUCCUUGUCUCCGUCUUCACCGACUCUCCAAGCAGACCCACCGAGCGCGGUGCAGCUCAGGCGCUUCUCGACGCGGCAGCAACUUCUGCAUCCGCAGUUCUCGGUGGUGGUCGCAUCCGUGUCUAUGACACCACUGCCGAAUGACCUGCGCCACUUUGUGGAGUACGUCUACCGCAUCGUCGCCAUGACAGUUCAGCUGCACCACUGCGCUGCUGUGGCGAAUGCAGCGAGAGAGCUCACAAAGGAGAGUGGGGAAAAGGGAGUGAUGACGAACGUGAGGCCUGCUGGUGCGCUCGUGGUAGAUAAGGCGCCGCCAUCGUCACCGCUCUCCGCCGCGAGUCUGCGUGCUCGCCAACGGGCCGACCGCGCCAAACGGUGCGAGCUCUGGCGCAAGGUCGAGUACCGCCGCCUACAGCUGCGCCACGUGCUGAUGAAGUGGGUGAGUCAGUACAUCAGCUCGGGCAAAUUCAAGCUAUUGGCCAGCGCCGACCUCGACUUCGCCCCUGAUGACCCGCAAUUCAAGUUGUGGCAGCAGCACACGCGCCAUCACCGCAUUGGUCUGCAAGACAUCCUUGAGAAGAUUGAGGACGAGGGGUACGUGUGUCUCUCACAGUACCACGACGACAUUGACCAGUUAGUGCGAAACGUGCGCUCCUUCUUCCGUACGCGGGCUGCCCAGGAUCAGCGCUACCGCCUCAAGGCUCUGGAUUUGAAGGAGACUUGCCUGCUUAACAUGUACAAGAUGAGCCGCGCCGUCAUUCGCUUCUGCGAGGAGACGCGCGACGUUCGCGAGCCCUCGUCGGAUGAGGAUGCUGACGAAAUGGAAGAGGAGAGGCGCAUCGUGACCGAGGGGCCUGGACGGAACCUCACGGCGCUUGUCUCCAAGGAUGCAGACCCGGCCCUCAUUGCGGAGCAGUCUCGCCGGGCCAUGAACUUUGCUCAGCGUCCCUCAGCCCCGGAGCGGCGAAAACCGCGGCGGUACUACGGAGAGCGGCGUCGUCACCGAAGGCCCAAGAAAAUCUCGAAGGCAGAAACACGUAAGGAGGCAGGCGAAGUGGUGCUGAUGGGUGAUGGUGGUAGUGACGACGAUGGCCGUGACGGUGACGAAGAGGAUGGGCGAGUCCCCAACGAAGGCUCCGCAAGCGUGGAACAAGCAGCAGCGGCGGAUAUCAAUGUGAAUGGUAGCCACACGUCCCUCUCUGGUGUGGCCAAGGGCGCAGCAGCUGACUUGAUCACGGCUUCUUCGUCGCAGGACUGGGCCUGCGACCUUCUUGCCUCACUGUCGUACACGCGUCUCUACCAAGUCUUCAAGUCGAUGAUGCGUGGGCUGGAGAUGGAGGUGCGCCGUGUAGAGUGUGAGAUGGCGUCGACCGUGCUGUCUCGUGAAACUGAAAAGCCGGAUGGCGUUACAGGUGUCACACGAGUGAUGACGGAGAAUGGUGAGCGAGGGCCAGACGCAUACGCCGCGACGGUGUUCCGGCAGCUUCUACUUGCAGCAGUCGGUGAGUGA